AUGGACGUUCGAGUGCAGAGUGUUCGACUCUCCUCCUGCGGAGACUCGUCCGCCAAUGACACCAAGGGUGGGGACAAGGAUAGCGCCCCCAACCGAGCAACGGCCUCGCCUCUCAACGUCAUGGUGGUGGGUGAUUCAUUAUCGCAGGGCCGAGAGGGGGACUGGACGUGGCGAUACCGAAUCUGGCAGUGGUUCCGGGACAGCGACAUAGACAUGCGUUUCGCGGGCCCAUACACGGGUACUUUCCUCGAGCCCGAUGGCCACGGCCAGGGAGAUGACCAUGAGACAGGCGGCGGCUAUGCGCGUGGCGUCGCGGACGCCUUCCUAUCCAACAGCAACCAUUACUCCCUCUGGGGGAGGGCCGCGGCUGUGACGAAGCGUGAGAUCCAAGACGUUCUUCGCAAACACCCUGCCGACCUGGCUCUCGUCAUGCUCGGUUUCAACGACAUGGGCUGGUUCUACAGCGACUGGAAGGGCACUCUCGAGAGCAUCCGUCAACUCGUCGACAAUGCACGCAAGGCCAACCCGAGGCUCAAGUUCGCUGUUGCCAAUGUGCCUCACAGGUCCUUACUCGAAGGCCGGGAGGACCUCGUCAGAAACACAGACAUCUACAACUCACGCUUGCCCGAGGCCCUCGCCGACAAGGCCACGAGCCAUUCCCCCGUUCACGUCGUCGACGUAGCAACGUACUAUGAUUGCAGCGCUGACGGCUGUCCGGCUGGAUAUGAUGGCCUCCAUCCAAACGCUCUGGGAGAAUACCAGAUUGCCCAUGCCUUCUCCAGGACUCUUGUUAGAAAUAUGAACUUGGGUUCGAAGCCAUUGCAGGUACCUACCUGCCAGGGACGUUCUUGA